CUGGUGACAACAACCUCCGGCGCAUCAUAAUGGGAUUACAUAGUACAUAACAAGCGAAUCAUUUAUCGUUUUGUGCCGCGGACGGCGAUAGAGAAGGAGGGGGGGGGAGGAGUUAUCGAGGAAGUCUCCGGCGCUCCGGCGGCGCGUCCCUGCGAAGACAGGCGUGUGCGGUGUGGCUGGAUGGCCGGCUAGCCGUCUUCUCUGCGGGCUGCCUGCUCCGUGCGCCGCUCUCCGGACUCAAACCGCGGGCCUCUGCUCGGGAGGAAGGGUGGUGACGGCGCAAAAUGCUGUGCCGUUGAUUCGCAACAACAGCAACAACAACAACAACAACAACAACAACAAGCAGUUUAUUCCGAGGCGCUGCGAGUCGGACGGCGGGCAUGAUGCAGUUGUAGUCGCCGCGCUCCUCACUGCGGAUCUGAUCACCUAAGCGGGCUUCGCUCCGAGCUUGAGCCGGGCCGGCGGCGGAGAGAGAGGCGCCUUGCGGGCGGUCGGUCGCCUUGCCGUCCAGCCGUGCUGCCGUCCAGCGCGAGGGAGACAUGUCAUCCAACUGUACCAGCGCCGCGGCGCCCGCGAGCGCCAGCAAGACCAAGACUAAAAAGAAACACUUCAUCGGACAGAAAGUGAAGUUGUUCCGCGCGAGCGAGCCCAUUCUCAGCGUUUUGAUGUGGGGUGUCAACCAUACGAUCAACGAGUUAAGUAACGUGCCUGUACCAGUGAUGCUGAUGCCUGACGACUUUAAAGCUUACAGCAAGAUCAAAGUGGACAACCACCUUUUUAACAAAGAAAACCUGCCCAGCCGCUUUAAGUUUAAGGAAUACUGCCCAAUGGUGUUCCGAAAUCUGAGGGAGAGGUUCUGCAUCGACGACCAGGACUACCAGAACUCCCUGACAAGGAGUGCUCCACUCAACAGUGACUCCCAAGGUCGUUUCGGUAACCGCUUCCUCUCCAGCUACGACCACCGCUUUGUCAUCAAGACCGUGUCCAGUGAGGACAUCGCUGAGAUGCACAACAUUCUCAAGAAAUAUCACCAGUUUAUAGUGGAGUGUCAUGGCAGCACACUUCUGCCACAGUUCCUGGGAAUGUACAGACUAACUGUGGAUGGCGUGGAAACCUACAUGGUGGUUACCCGAAACGUGUUCAGCCAUCGCCUGACCGUACACCGCAAGUAUGACCUAAAGGGUUCUACUGUCUCAAGGGAAGCCAGUGACAAGGAAAAGGCCAAGGAGCUCCCCACUUUUAAAGACAACGACUUUCUCAAUGAGGGCCAGAAGCUGCAGAUAGGAGACGACAACAAGAAGCUAUUCUUGGAAAAGUUAAAGCGCGAUGUAGAGUUCCUGGCCACCUUGAAGAUCAUGGACUACAGUUUGUUGGUGGGCAUCCAUGACGUGGACCGGGCAGAGCAGGAGGAGAUGGACGUGGAGGGCGGAGGAGAUGAGGAGGAGUAUGAGAACGACGGAAUGGGUGGCGGAGCACUAACCGGCUCCUUCGGCACCCCACCCGACAGCCCCGGAAACCCUCUGAACUUUGGUGGAUUCUUUGGCCCUGGAGAAUUUGACCCUUCCGUGGACGUCUACGCAAUCAAGAGUCACGACAGUGCUGUGAGGAAGGAAGUGUACUUCAUGGCCGUCAUCGACAUUCUCACACACUAUGACGCAAAGAAAAAAGCAGCGCACGCUGCCAAAACUGUGAAACACGGGGCUGGGGCUGAGAUCUCGACGGUGAACCCAGAGCAGUACUCCAAGAGAUUCUUUGAGUUCAUGUCCAACAUCCUAUCAUAGACUCACCGAUCCCAGCCCGGGCCAACCGCAUCCUCUUAUCGAAUUUAACAAAUCCCACCCACUCGCAUCUACUCCCUCCACCUUGGCUCCGCCCGGCCCUGCAUCUCAUCCGGUCAAUCCACCCCAUGGCUGGGAUAACAUGUACACCGAGGAAUGCCCAGUAACAAGGCUGUUACACUGUCCCACAGAGAGAGAGAGAGAGAGAGAGAGAGAGAGGGCGCUGAACUCUUCCUCGGAAAAAGCGACGGAUUUCCCCUCUGUCCUGGUCCCCCCCCCGCCCCCCAAGUCAGUAACACCCCAGCCAGCCCCGCCCUCUGCAGCGUCCGACGACGAAAAUGAGUGCUGACCCUCGAAUCAGUUUGGAAUCGUGUGAAUCCGAGACUCUUCCUGCACUUCUUUUCGGCCUUCCCUCAUCGCCACCGUGUGCUCCUCAUGCCAGAACGGGAACUGUGUCACUAAUGCCUUGAACGAGUGUGUCAGUUUCAGCAGUUAAGUCUGUUCUGUCUGGUUUCUGUUCAUGUUGUUGUUGUGGUUGGUGUUGUUGUUGUUAUCAGUUUUGUUGGGAGACACACUCUCACACACACUCUCACACACACACACACACUGUCAUAGAUGCAGAACGGUCAGCUUGCAUGACAACUCUCUGACAGUCGCCGCCAGGCCUCCUCCUCCUCCUCCUCAAAAGACGAGAACCGCUAACCGAAGCAAAUUGGAACGACAACGGGGGAUCAAAUUAAUAUAUAAUGGUUUAUUAAGUAGAUGAAUGCAAUAUCAAAAAUGCAUGGCUGAUAUGUACAUGACUCCACCCAGUAAGUCGGAACGCCGAGCUGCCGAACUUAGCAUCCGAGCGUUACGACUUAAAAAAACAUAGGUGUUUGAAUGUUACGUUGCCAUAUUGUUUUUGGACAUUUUUUGAAAUUUUAACAAGCGAGCUCGGUGGAUGUUUGAGGAAAGAAGAAGAAAAAAAAACCACGUUAAAAAGGGGAAUUCAAACAAAUUGUUUUAUUACCAUAAAAAAUCAUUUUUAUAUCUUGUUUACAUUAAUGUAGCAAUUUUGUGUUUGUAUACAGUAUUGUUUUGUUACCGACAGACAUUAGCGAGACGAGAAGUUACUUGAAAAUGAUCCAUUGCAUAUUAAAGGGAGUUUUAAAUUGUUUUUGCCCUCAGAAAGGAUUUGAUCACUGACUCGCUCGGCGAACCGCAUCGCUGCGAACGUCACCUUACUGAAAUAAGUGGUAGCACCGUCAAGUUAAUACGAUCACAUGAGGCUGACUGGACCGGUGUACCGUGUUGCUGAU